AUGUCCUACUAUGACAUUGACAGCAUCUUGACAGAUGCUCAGAAACUGCCCUGUACAUUCGAGCUCGAGGUACCCGGCCUAGGAAUUUUAGAAGGCAACCCCGGUGAAGAUAUCCCAGCGGGAACGCGCAUCGACCUUCCACUAUGGCUUGGUGAAAUGCUGUCUAUCGGGGCUCGACUGGGUACUUCCCGUCUCGUGACUCUUGAUAUGCCCGAUGCUCUAUCAGAACGAGUAAUUAAUGCACUCAAAGCAGACCCUCGCACAGUCGACUUGCGUUCAUUGGCACCGCACUUUUACAAUUUGAGCCAGCGGAUCCUAGAGAUAUUCGAAGAAGAGGAGAUGGUGGAUGUUUUGACUGAUACGUUCAAACGAAGGGCAGCCGAGAUAGCCGACCACGCUCAUAACCCGCGUGGUGCAGUUGGGGACGGAGUGGAGUUUCUCCGUGGUCUAGACGAAACAGAACGUCAAUUGUUCCGUGCCGCUCACGAUCGAGCUAAGGAAAUGCGAAUUUGGGCUGGAGAAGCAAAAAGAAAAUAG